UUGCCCCGGGAGGGAACUUCUCGGCUGAGCGAGGACGUCAAAACGAGGUGCCGCCUCCGCGUUCGCGCGCGUACGGUGGCCGGAAGGAGCCAAAGGCGAAGCCUCCGGUGACAGCUGCGAGCCCCACCCUAUCCCCACGUGCAUAGACCGGCAGGCAGCAAUGGCUUCCAAGCGCAUCACCCAGGAAACCUUUGAUGCUGCAGUUCGGGAGAACGUUGAGGAGUUUGAGAUGGGCACUGAGGAGGCCAUCCGAGAGGCUGUGGAGCAGUUUGAAUCACAAGGGGUUGAUCUGAGCAACAUCGUGAAGACAGCACCAAAAGUGUCCUCAGAUGGACUCCAGGAGCCCACACAUGAUGUCCUGCAGACUCUCAGUGAUCUGCAGGAGUCCUUGACUGGCGCUCGGCUCCAGGAGGUAUCUGCCCACCUUUCCCGCUUCUGUGACCAGUGCAAGCAGCAGAAAGCCAGCCGCUACCUGGCAGCCCAGAAGGGGGCCUACCCAAUCCUUUUGGCUGCUUGGCAGCUGGCUGCCACAAGCGACCAGGGCCUUCUGCUCCAGGCUCUCAAUGCCUUGGCAGUGCUAACUGAUGGCCAGCCUGACCUCUUGGAUGCCCAGGGCCUGCAGCUUCUCGUGGCCACACUGGCACAGAACACCGCUAACACUGAACUCACCUGCUGUGGGAUCCGCUGUGUGCGCCAUGCCUGCCUGAAACACGAGCAGAAUCGGCAAGGUUUGGUGAAAGCCGGAGUGCUGCCCCUGCUCACUGCUGCUAUUACACAGCAUGGCCAUCACCCCGAUGUGGUCAAGGAGGCCUGCUGGGCCUUGCGGGUCAUGACCUUCGACGAUGACAUCCGAGUGCCCUUUGGCCAUGCCCAUGAGCAUGCCAAGAUGAUUGUUCAAGAAAAUAGAGGCCUGAAGGUGCUCAUUGAGGCUGCCAAAGCAUUCCCUGACAACCCGGGAGUCCUGAGUGAGCUCUGCAGCACCCUGUCCCGCCUGGCUGUGAGAAAUGAGUUCUGCCAGGAGGUCAUCGAGCUGGGAGGCCUUGGCAUUCUUGUGACCCUGCUGGCUGGCUGCAGUGACCACCAGGACCUCGUGAAGCAAGUGCUCAGCGCGCUGAGAGCCAUCGCGGGCAACGAUGACGUGAAGGAUGCCAUUGUCCAGGCAGGCGGUACUGGCUCCAUUGUGGCCGCCAUGACACGACACCUGGCCAGCCCCCAGGUUUGUGAGCAGAGCUGUGCAGCGCUGUGCGUUCUGGCCCUACGCAAGCCGGAGAACAGCCGGGUCAUUGUUGAGGGCGGCGGGGCAUCAGCUGCCCUGCAGGCCAUGAAGGCGCACCCACAGGAAGCCGGGGUCCAGAAACAGGCCUGCAUGUUGAUCCGAAACCUGGUGUCCCGAAGCCCGGUCUUCUCCAAGCCCAUCCUGGAUCUGGGGGCGGAGGAGCUCAUUUCGAAAGCCCGAGCUGCCCACCCAGACUGUGAGGAUGUGGCCAAGGCUGCAUUGCGAGACCUGGGCUGCCGUGUGGAGCUUCGGGAACUGUGGACAGGAAAGAAAGGAGACCUGGCGCCUUGACGCUGGCUCAGUGAGCUCUGGCUCCAGAACAUGGGUAGCUGUGGGGCCCUGCCACUCUGUCCCCCACCCAUGUCACCCAGGUGUGUUCAGCAGGUCCGUGGCGGGGGAGGGGGGCAGAAGCAGUCCUUGGGGCCUGUGUCCCAGCAGGCAACAGUGGUGACCUCGUGCCCCACCCCUCGCAGUGCCCUUUCCCGCCCACAGACUUUCUCAGCAGUUUUGGGGCAAAGGGCACGUGGAAGUACAGCAUUCUGCCUGGAAUUUGGGGCUUCUGCGAGCUGGUGUCCCGGCAGGGCCGGUCACUGGGCUGCAGUCUAGGUGCCACUCCAAGCCAUUCAGAGCCCUGCUCCUCGGGCAGGCACCUGGGUAGAGGGCCAUGGGCUGGGAAGAGGGGGCGACUCUCAAAUGGUCGAGCUUCAUGUGUGUGCUGUGGUGCACACAUACAUAAUAAAUAAAUAAGUGUAAUUUAAAA